CACGAUAUGGAUCUGAUUGAUGUAGUGGGGGCAUUUUUAUGGCUUUAACUACAAGGACAGUUGAUGAGCCAGGCUCCAUGGACAAGAAGGUGGUGCUGAUCACAGGCUGUUCCUCGGGAAUCGGUCUCAGCCUGGCUGUCCGGCUGGCCUCUGACCCCGACAAAAAAUUCAAAGUGUAUGCCACAAUGAGAAACCUAGCCAAGAAAGAGCGUCUUUUGGAAUGUGUGAAAAGCCUGCACAAGGACACCUUGGACAUACUCCAGUUGGACGUAACCAGCUGGCAGUCCAUCCUGGAUGCGAGAGACAGGGUUGCUGAGAAACGAGUGGACAUUCUAGUUUGUAAUGCUGGUGUGGGUUUGAUGGGGCCGCUGGAGGUGCAGUCCUUGGACUCGAUGAGGCAAAUUCUGGAGGUCAACCUUUUGGGUACCAUCCAGACCAUCCAGGCUUUCCUGCCGGAGAUGAAGGCUCAGGGCCAGGGCCACAUUCUGGUAACUGGGAGCACUGGAGGACUUCAUGGUCUCCCCUUUAAUGAGGUGUAUUGUGCCAGUAAAUUUGCCAUAGAAGGAGCAUGUGAGAGUUUAGCUAUCCUCCUGCAACACUUCAAUAUCCACGUGAGUCUCAUUGAGUGUGGUCCAGUCAACACCGAUUUCCUGGUCAACCUGCAGAAGGUAGAGCUAGGGGAUACCUCUCUCCAACAGGUCGAGGCCCUAACGCUCAGCCUCUAUGAAAAAUACCUGAAGCACUGUGGCUCCGUUUUCCAAAAUGCAGCACAGGACACUGAGGAUAUUGUAAAGGUUUUCCUUGAUGCCAUCCAGUCACCCAGCCCUGCAUUUAGGUACUUCACCAGCGGUGUCGUGCCACCUCUCACCAAACUGAAGAUGACAGAGCCAGAUGGCUCGCGGUACAUCAGUGCUUUGGGCAAAAUCAUGUUCUCAGCUGAGGAACAAUAAUUUUGCCUUUUUAUCUAAGCCACAACUUGCUCUUGUUUGUGUUUUAAUGCAGAGGUAAUAUUUUGGCUCUCUCAGUGGUGAUUUCGGGAAUAAAGUUGACUCACUGUGACUCAGCGGUGUUACUCAACUGGAAAGGGCAGUAAGUUCAGAGUUUUGGGAGUUCAAAGGAGGGAGUGACUCCAUGCUUCUAUUUUUGUGUGUUAUCAAAAGUUAUAUUACUACUUAUAACAAUAUAAAGAUAUAAGAAUAAAAGUUAAACCAUUUCCUGGUUAGUGGCAAAAUACUUCACAAGGAAAAUGGUUUUAGUGAGCUAUAUGGGUUGCGUGACAGUGUUCUUACCACACUUGUUGACAUAUUUUCAAGGGACUGGCAUGCUUCUGGACAGGUUCUUACCACUGUGUUAAAUGUAAAACACUCCAAGAAUGUUGUUGUGUAAUCUUGAUUGGCUGCUUCAUGCAAGUGGGAACAAACUUACCGCUUCAAAACAUGAAAUGAAAAAUAAAUAACUAAAAUAAGUACUUUCACUGAAGGAAAUCAUGCAAGAUUUUUUACAUGGCUUAAUGAUAUGGUAUGCUGUAUUUCUUUUGUAGUGUUUGCUGAAGUGCUUGUGUUUAAAUGUCCCCUGAGGGAUGAAUGAAUAAAGUAUUUGAGCUGAC